UUGGCUGUCGAUCUCUUGAACCCCUCUCACGCUCAUGAGCAGAAGACUCACAAGUUGAAGAGACUCGUGCAGUCUCCCAACUCUUACUUCAUGGAUGUCAAGUGCCCUGGAUGCGUUCAGAUUACCACUGUCUUCUCGCACGCGCAGACUGUCGUCAUGUGCUCAAGCUGCGCUAACGUUCUUGCUCAGCCCACUGGUGGUAUUACCCGCUUGACCGAGGGU